GUACGACCUGUGUGUCUGGUCUAGGUAAUUGACAAUCGUUGCCUCCCACCACAGCUCAGCGCAGCGGCUGAGACAUUCACUUUAGACAGCACCAACGAUGGGGUUCUGGGACAGCUGGGACGGAGCGUCCGUCGUCUCGGGCAAGACAUCGUCGUCGCACAAGCACAAACACCACAAAUCCUCCUCGCACAAGAGCCGCAAGCGCUCCAAGUCCCGCUCCCCAGCCCGAUCCCACUACGGGCACUCGACGCCGGCAGACAAGAUCGCAGCGGACAUCUUUGGGAGUGGGAACAGCCACUACAGCAAGCACAACAGUUCGCGGAGCUCUUUCUUCAACCUAGGGAACAACAAUAGUAGCCGAAGUCUCUUUGGAAACUGGGGCCGCUCCUCCUCCUCCUACUACAAGCGCCAGCCCCGCUCCAACUUCGUCCAGCGCAUGUACAAGCAAUUGAAGCGCCUCCUCCGCGACCUCAUUUACUACGCCAAGCGACACCCGAUCAAAGUCUUCAUGCUGGUCAUCAUGCCGCUCAUCACGGGCGGGGCCUUAACCGCGCUGUUAGCCCGCUUUGGCCUGCGCCUCCCACCGGGCAUUGAACGCAUGCUCGGCAUCGCUGCGCGGACCGCCGGAGGUGGCGGCAGCAUGGGGCUCAUGGGCGAGGCUGUCCGCAUGGCGAGCGGUAUGGGAGGGUCUGGCAGUGCGACCAUUGAGCGCGGGCGCGAUGGCCACGUGCAGUGGGAGCGCAGGACCGUGGACCAGGAUGCGCGGGGUGGAGGAGGGUUUAUGAGCAGUAUUGGGAGGAUGUUUUCGUAGACUUGGUGAUGUGCCCUGUUUAGGCGUGAGGGAUUCGGGUUGGAAAUUCGGGUUGUACGUUUCGAUUCUAAAGUCUACGUUUGGCGUAUAUUCCCCAUCCCUUUGUCUUCUUUCCUUUGGAAUACACGUAGACUUAAGAUAAUGACCGACAAUGAGGCGAGAGAACACUCAGCAAAAUUUGGAUACACCGUGGGCUUAAAUAGAUACCUUUU